AUGAUUCUGCAGCUCUUAGCUGAAGCGCAAUCGUUACCGAGAGUCCGAUUACGAAUUUUUCUCACAAGCAGACCUGAGAUUCCAGUCCGAUAUAGGCUUGGUCAGAUACCAGACACGGAGCAUCAGGACUUUGUUCUCCAUAGUAUAUCGCCGGCGAUUGUUGACCACGACAUCUCUCUCUUCCUAGAAUACAAUCUAGGACUUAUCGGACGGGAACUCUGGCUGCACGACGGCUGGCCGGGCAAGGAAAUCGUUAUGCGGAUGGUCCACAAUGCGAGUGGACUGUUCAUCUGGGCUGCAACCGCCUGUCGAUAUAUUCGUAAGGGGAAAAGAUAUGCAGCGAAACGGCUCGAUACGAUCCUUCACAAUAGUGCUAGCACCCCCAUAGGGCCGGAGAAGCGCCUCGACGAGAUCUACACUACUGUCCUCCAGCAAUCUGUAGUCCAGAAUACACGGACGAGGAGAAAGGAGAAUCGUAUCAAAUGCUACGACAAGUCCUUGGAAAUGCUCCGUGUCACAAAGGAGGAUGUCAACCUGUCCCUGUUAGACCUGCACUCUGUCCUAGAUAUCCCAAAGGACCAAACUUGCCCUAUCCGCCUCCACCACCCUUCAUUUCGCGACUUUCUCCUCAACGAGGAUAGGUGCAAGGAUCCAAACUUCUGGGUAGACGAGAAGCAAGCACAUCAGACGCUAGCUGAUAGUUGCAUACAUUUAAUGUCCCAGAAACUCAAGCAGGAUGUUUGCGAAUUGCAGGCUCCUGGGAGUCAAGCCGGCCAAGUUGAGAGCAGUUGGGUUGAGAGCUGUCUUCCGCCCGAAGUUCAAUAUGCAUGCCUUUACUGGGCUCAUUUAUUGCACUGGCUUGAGGCGCUUGGCUGGAUGGGGAAGGCUUCAGAGGGUAUCCAAGCAAUAUUGUCAUUAGAGGAUUAUGUUUUGGUUAAGGACGGCCCUAAUUUGCAUGCAUUUAUCUAUGAUGCAAAGCGAUUUGCCUUAUAUAACCGAUCAGUGAUUGAACAGGUACCUCUUCAACUAUAUUGCUCUGCUCUUGUCUUUGCGCCAGAAAAUAGCAUUAUUCGAAAGAAGUUCAAGACUUGUAUCCCAGAUUGGAUUCAGCAAGAACCAAAAGUGCAAGCACGUUGGAACGCAGCGCUGCAGACGCUCGAGGGCCACACUAGCUGGGUCACUUCAGUAGCUUUCUCCCCCGACGGUAAGCAAGUCGUGUCUGGAUCACUUGAUAAGACGGUGCGGCUCUGGGACGCGGCUAUAGGAGUACCGCUGCAAACGCUCGAGGGCCAUUCUAGCUGGGUCAAUUCAGUGUCCUUCUCACCCGACGGCAAGCAGGUCGUCUCUGGCUUAAGCGAUCGGACGGUGCGGCUCUGGGACGCGGCUACGGGAGCACCGCUCCAGACGCUCGAGGGCCACACUGACUCGGUCACAUCUGUGGCCUUCUCAUCCGACAGCAAGCAGGUGCCAAUCUUACGAGUAUCCAAUCAUUGGGUAGUGGAAGGCGAUACGAAUAUUCUUUGGCUACCUCCCGAUUAUCGGAAAACUUGUUCAGCUACUUGGAACGGAAGUCUUGUUAUAGGGCAUUCAUCUGGGAGAAUUUCAUUCUUUGCCUUUAAAAAGGGAGUAAAGCUUGUCAUGUAA